UUUCCUUUGCAGAUGCAGCUUCUGGACAAAUUCCCUAUUGAAGGAGGCCAGAAAGACCCCAAGCAAAGAAUCAUCCCUUUUCUACCAGGUAAGAUCCUGUUCCGGAGGAGCCAUGUCCGAGAUGUAGCUGUGAAGAGGCUGAAGCCCAUCGACGAAUACUGCAGGGCACUGGUUCGGCUUCCUCCUCACAUUUCACAGUGUGAUGAAGUCUUCAGGUUCUUCGAGGCUCGCCCAGAAGACCUUAACCCUCCGAAAGAGAAAAAGCUUGCUAUAAACAUUCACGUUGUCUUUUUCAAGGCUGCUGAAGCCUCACAGUAGAGGAUCACAUGGCAUUAGCUCAUUGCCCCAGUGUCCUGCAGCUUCCAGGUUGGGUUGAGCCGUCUCUCCCUGGUGCCGGAGAGACCAGGCUUUGCUGUCAGAUCGCCCUGCCCCAUAUCUCACAGCCUGGUGAAAUGCUGAAUGUGUGAUUCCAAAGCCCUGUCUUCCUCCAGGAGGAUAAUUUAAUCAUAAAAAUAUAAUUGUGAAAAA